UGUAAGUUAUUGUUAGAUAUUUUAAUAUACUUGUGUUUCUUAGAUGAUGAAGGUGCCACACCUGUGAAACGAAGACGGGUUAGCAGUGAUGAAGAACACACAGUAGACAGCUGUAACAGUGAUUUGAAAACUGAGCCCAGGGAGGCAUUAACUCCAUCAAGUACGUCUGAUAACGAGACAAGAGACUCUUCUAUAAUAGAUCCAGGCACUGAACAGGAUCCUCCGUCCCCAGAAAAUGUUUCUGUCAGAGACUAUAAAAUGGAAACUUCAUCCACAUUUUCAGAAGAUGUAAAGCUAAGCACUAACCCACAGCACACUGAAGAGCUAUUGGAAGGAGAGGGGAAACUAGAAGAAUGUAGGGAAUUGAAAGAACCCCAUGUUACAAAACACCUAAACACAACAGACGACAACUCUGAUUUCCUUUCCACAUCAAUUUCUACUGUUUUAUCUGAUCUAGCAGAGCUCAGAAACUGUGAGAGUCAAGAACCUUCUUCCCAAGAUCCAGAGACUAGUUUAUCAGUCAGCUGUGCUCAUUCCAGAGGACUGUUCAGUCAUACGCAGCAGGAUCUGCUAGACACUUUAUGUAGGACCAUACAGUCAGCAAUUAAUAUAGCCACAAGGAUAUCUGCACAAGGAAACAGAGCUGUCUCUUGACAUUAGUUCUUGCAUGUCUGCUUUUAAAUCUUUUAAUGCUAUUUUAAGUUUUGCUUUUUCUGUUCUGUGCUUCAGUUUGUCGAGUGUUCCCUGCUUGAAUGACAAAAGAUAGGUUACUGUGCUUGAAAUUGUUUUGAUUCGGGGAAAACAAGACUACAGAUAAUUGAAAGGUUU